CCGUCGCUCGCCCCUCCCCCCGCGCAGCCGCCGCCGCCGCCGCCGCCGCGAGACCCCCGCUCGCCCCGCUCGCCACGCUCCCCCCGCCCUUCGGCCCCGCGCGCCCUCAGGCCCCGGCGGCCCCUGAGGAGAACGAGAGGGCGAGCGAGCGAGCGCGGCGCUCCCGGGCCGGCCCGGCCCCCUCCCUUCACCAUCGCCGGCCCUUCGCCACCUUCCUCGGCUUCCACCGCCUCUCCCCCCCUCUUUCCACCCAAGUUGAGGCCCCCUCGGGGGGGGGGAGGCCCGGGACCGAAUUCCCCCAACUCCCUCCGCCCUGCCCCCCGCCCGGCCCGAGUGCGAGGAGAGGGGCCCGGCCGCGUCGCGUCGCGUCGUGUGUGAGGAGAACCCGGCCGGCCCACGGGCCGUCUGGGGCCUGAUCCGGCCCGCCGGCUGUGCGAGACCGGGGCCCGCUGCGGCGCGGCCCGGCCCGGCCCGGCCCGGCCCGGCCCGAGGGCGAGCGGAGCGGAGGGGCCUGGUGUGGUGCGGCCCGGCCCGGCCGGUCGGUGCGUGAGGACUGGGGCCCCGGCCCCGCGCCGCCGCCGCCGCGAUGGCCCAGCAGCAGAUGACCAGCUCGCAGAAGGCCCUGAUGCUCGAGCUGAAAUCCCUGCAGGAGGAGCCGGUGGAGGGCUUCCGGAUCACCCUGGUGGAUGAGUCCGACCUCUACAACUGGGAGGUGGCCAUCUUCGGACCCCCCAACACCCUCUACGAAGGCGGCUACUUCAAGGCACAUAUUAAAUUUCCUAUUGACUACCCAUAUUCACCACCUACCUUCAGAUUCUUGACCAAAAUGUGGCAUCCCAACAUUUAUGAGAAUGGAGAUGUAUGCAUUUCAAUUCUUCAUCCACCUGUAGAUGACCCACAGAGUGGAGAACUACCCUCUGAAAGGUGGAAUCCUACUCAAAAUGUCAGGACUAUCCUGUUAAGUGUAAUCUCAUUGCUAAAUGAGCCCAACACCUUCUCCCCAGCCAAUGUGGAUGCUUCAGUCAUGUUCAGGAAAUGGAGGGACAGUAAAGGAAAAGACAAAGAAUAUGCCGAAAUCAUUAGGAAACAGGUUUCAGCCACUAAAGCCGAAGCAGAAAAGGAUGGAGUGAAGGUUCCCACAACCCUGGCAGAAUACUGCAUCAAAACUAAAGUGCCUUCCAAUGACAACAGCUCAGAUUUGCUUUAUGACGACUUGUAUGACGAUGACAUUGAUGAUGAGGAUGAGGAAGAGGAAGAUGCCGACUGUUAUGAUGAUGAUGAUUCUGGGAACGAGGAGUCGUGACGUGCUCCUCCAGUGCCCCUGUACUGCCCUGCCGUCUCAGGCCAAAGGGAGGGGAGCAAAUGAAUGGGGACCCAGCAGUGGCCCCUCAGCAAAAACCUACAACAGGGGGUGGGGAAAACAGCGCAGCUCUUGCUGACUCCCCUUAUGGAUCUCAGUUUGCUCCUUUUUAUGGACCUCUUAAUGGAGAGAAAAUACUCCUCCACAGAAUGUCUGAAUUCUUACAUUCUUUACCCUUCCAUCACUGUAUUGAUUCUUUUCCCCCUUUUAAGCUCCAACCCGCCUCACUUCGUCUCUACAAAGUGUUCACAGCAAAACACGUUUGGUCUGUUUUUAGAUUUCUGAAGAAUUGAAUAGUCUUUCAAGACGUUUAAUGUGUGUAAAGCUGGGAACUCAUUGAGAGUUCACAAGUGCUGCAUAUGCUGGAUAGCAAAAGAAAAUGGAAAAAAAAAUUUAAAAACCCACAAAACUUAGGAAAAAAAAAAAAUUUGCCAAGGUUUAGCUGCUCAUUAACAUUAGUGUGUGUGCAUUUGUUCAGCCCUUGGUGGUGAAUUUUGUUUCUUUCCCUUCAUAAGGCUGGGGUACAGCGAGCAUCAGGGACUUUGUGCUGAGCCUGAUGAAGUAUGUUCCCAAACCAUCCUGACAUGGCGGCCUCAGCUACUCUGAAGAGAGAAAGCAGAUUUUGGUUUUUGGUUUUUUUUUGUUUUGUUUUUUGAAUCGAUUGGGAUCUAAAGCCUGAAAUAAAUAUUCAUACUUUACAUAGAA